AUGGACCAUCGGAUUCCUCGUAUCCUGAGGAACCUCAGACUGUGCGGGACCGGGCCGGCCUUCCAACAGGGAAGAGCUUCUCCUGUACUGAGUGCGGGAAGGGUUUCCAUUUUAAAUCAGAUCCUAUUGUGCAUAAAAGAUCUCACACAGGGGAAAAACCACAUCAGAGACUGCAUACGGGGCAAAAUCCAUAUUCCUGUCCUAAGUGCGAGAAAUGUUUUUCAGACAAGUCCAGUUUUUACAGUGAUCAGAGAUUGCACACAGGGGAGAAGCCAUAUUCCUGUUCUGAGUGCGGGAAAUGUUUUUCAUAUAUGUCCAGCCUUUACUCACAUCAGAGAUCACACACGGGGCAGAAGACACAUUCUUGUCCUGAGUGUGGGAAAUGUUUUUCACAGAAGUCCCAUCUUAACCGACAUCAUAGAUUGCACACAGGCGAGAAGCCAUAUUCCUGUCUUAAGUGUGGGAAAUGUUUUUCUCGGAAGUCCCAUCUUUAUACACAUCAAAUUUCACACACAGGGGAGAGGCCAUAUCCCUGUCCUGAGUGCGGGAAAUUUUUUCACAGACGUCCAGUCUUUAUACACAUCAAAGAUCUCACAUGGGGGAGAAGCCAUAUUCCUGUCCUGA